AUGGCUUUAAAGUUCUUAAUGCAUUAUUAUAGCUUAGAAGAACACAAACGGUUCGAAAUGGGAAUAAACCCUUCAGUGUUUCUGAACACGUGCUCAUUUAAUGGCAAAAUCUGUUCUGUGUCUGAUCUAAGCAACUUCACGAAUUUCCGCUAUGGAAAUUGCAUCACUUUCAAUAAAAAACGAAAAGGAAGGGAUCCUUUGAAAACAACAGAAUUUGGAUAUAAAAGUGGUUUACAUUUAUUAUUAGAUCUGUAUUACGGUUUUUAUCUAAAUAUAAGUCAUACCGUAGGUGCGAAAGUUUUCAUUCAUGAAACUAAUGAAGAUCCAAAUCCGGAUGAAGAUGGUUUUCUCAUAACUCCAGGUUAUGAAAAUUCAGUGUCUCUGAAACGAACUGUCCAUCGCAGAUUACUAGCUCCAUAUAAAGACCACUGCGUGAACUACGACCCAAAGGAUAAUACGAUGAGAAGUAAAAAUGCUUGCAUUCGCUCGUGCAUCCAAAAAAAGAACAUUGAGCAAUGUGAAUGCAUUGACCAGACUUUGAGCGUUAUGGAAAAUAGAAGGCCGUGCAAUUUUUCGAUUAGAGAGGAAUCAUGCUGUUUAGAUGAUGUACUUGAUAGGAUGUCCCGUCAUGGAUCUGUGUGCAAUUGCCCUUUAUCUUGCUUGUCUGUGUAUUAUAAUGAGAAAUUAUCAAAAGCAAGAUUAAGUCUCACAGAUGUAUGUAAGGAUCCUGACUUCUGCCUCAGAUCCUUCUACAAUGGUCACAUACGGUUAAAUAUAUUUUACUCAACUUUAGAAACAUAUUCAUACGAGCAACGAGCGCAGUGGACUGAAACAGAAAUGAUCAGUUACUUAGCGAACGAGAUUGAUUUUUGGUUUGGCGGUUGA